GGGGGACACCAGCCAAGUUGUUAGUAAGACGGACUACUUCGAGUUAAAUCGACAUUCAUUUGUACAGCGAUUGUGAUUAGUUGCAGUCGUUCUCCAAUAUUAAGUUAGUUUUUGCGCGCACUUACGCUGCAAUAGUAAAGGAAAGUAGUAGCGGAUUUUCCGAGCGGCUGUUUCUUGGUAAAAGUGCGACCGAAUUUGUGACAGUGUGUUUUCCAAAGCCCCAAUGUCAUCCGGUGCCAAUGUCUUUCGCUAUCAACGGAAAUAGUAUGAAAUUUUGCUACCAUUACACGUGGAAUAGAGAGAUUGUGUUCAAUUCCCAAAAACUGGUUAAAAGACGUUGAAAGUCGACCGCAGCCACCACCAAAACCCCCCUUUUAAGACGUCACUGCCACAAGAUCUAGGAUUUUAAGACCAAAAGACUACUCUACUGCCCAAGCUUUGCUGUGUUCUAAUUGACGAUCUCUACUGGCGCUUCAAGCAAUUAUGGCCCUUUGCUAUGAACCGUCAUUUAUGCUUCCUCUAUUGGACGAAGUGGCGCCUCAACGCGGUGCUGUCGCAGUACCGGUGUCGCUAAAGUCCGAAUACUACAAAAACGUGGAGGACUCAAACUCCUACCUCUUCAACGAGUUUGAGAAGGUUUACUACGAGCUCAACCAUGGCACACUGACACCGCCCCAAAGCCCACCCAGCGAACAGCCCAUCAUCGCCACUUUGGAGCCAAUUUUGGGAGGAACCUCCUAUCAGGAACCGCCCAGAAAGGAAAUCGGAUUCUCUGUACCGGAAAAGUGUGCACUUCAGCCCGAGUCGGUGCUUGCCUAUUCCCCCAUUAUUGUCUCCACUGUUCCCCAAACGUUCGAGAAUUACGCCCCAGUCGCCACUCCCCAAGCUGAUAUUGCUCACGAAUUGGCCGUUGUAGAUGAAUUGGUACGCACCACCGUGCAGGAUAUGCAAUGGAGUGGUCCGUCUUCUCCAUCAAGCAGCAGCUGCAGCAACAGCAACUUUGGCGAUUGUUCGUCAUCGGACGAUCCUGAAUGGGUUCCGGAACCGAUCGAGAAUUACAAUGAUUCUUCAUCGAGUCCGGCACAGAAGCUGGUGGCGAAGAAACGGAGCAAACCGUAUUCGAAGUCGCCAGACGACAAAAAGAAUCGCAAAAAAGAGCAGAACAAGAACGCGGCCACUCGCUAUCGCAUGAAGAAGAAGGCGGAGGUGGAAGAAAUCUUGAAUGAGGAGAAAAUCCUGCUGGAUAAACACGGGGAGUUGGAUGGGCAAAUCACUGAUUUGCAACGGGAAAUCAAGUACUUAAAAGGGCUCAUGCGCGAUCUCUUCAAAGCCAAGGGCAUAAUCAAUUAAUCAUCGGCAUUUAAUUUUUUUAUUCGGAAUUUUUCAAUGUGCCGCUGGUGUAUUGUUAUUUAGUAAUACUGUACAUUUUUUAUAUUUCUUUUCUAGCAAUAUGAGCUGUUUGAUAGAACGUAAGUGUUAAGGAAAGAUGGUUAUGCUUUAUAAGUUAGCUUGUAGGAGAACAUGAAUAUUAUCCUAUUCAAUCCCGAUUUCUGGAUGAAUACGUUAAUGUUCAGUCUAAUUUUUUAUCAACUUUUAUAUUAGUUUCUUUUGUUAACAUGUCAAAAGAGUCCAGUUUGAUCGAGUGAUGCAUCAAUCCGAUUGAUCACUUGGUCAGACUGCGAACAGUAGAUGGUAACUUCAUUAUGCUAACUAAUCACUUGCAGGUGGGAUUUAGAAUUACUCAAGUUAAUAGUAGAAUUUAAGACCGUUUUAUCUGUAUUCAGUGCAAAAUAUAAUUUUUUAAGCGAUUUAUUGGGUAUUUUUAUGCAAAUGUUCACCUCGAGUAGUUGCUUUUUUAUUGAAAAUUUAUAAAUCUGGUUAAUUUUAUUUUUCGUUUUUUUGCCUUUGUACUAAAUUUCUAAGUGAAUUAUAUGUAUUCGAGAUGA